GCGGCGGGAUCUCUCUCCCUUUUACCGCCAUCAGAUCUGGGUCCUUUUCUCUCUCAGGCUGCCUCACUGCGCACCACAUCACAGCCGAAUCGUCAGCUAAAGAAAUAAACCAGUCAAGCUACAACAUGGCAGACAUUGACAACAAAGACCAAGCUGAAAUGGACCCUGCAGAUAUGGAGGAUGUAGAAGAAGUCGAGGAGGAGGAGACUGGAGAGGACAGCAAAGCUCGUCAGCUCACAGUGCAGAUGAUGCAGAACCCACAGAUCCUGGCAGCGCUGCAGGAGCGAUUGGACGGACUGGUGGGCUCACCGUCUGGUUACAUGGAAAGCUUACCGAAGGUUGUGAAGAGGCGUGUGAACGCCCUGAAGAACCUGCAGGUGAAGUGCGCUCACAUCGAGGCCAAGUUUUACGAGGAGGUGCACGAGUUGGAGAGAAAGUAUGCUGCUCUUUACCAGCCUCUCUUUGACAAGCGUAGUGAAAUCGUCAAGGCAGCAUACGAGCCCACAGAUGAGGAGUGUGAGUGGAAGGCAGAUGACGAGGAAGAGCUGAGCGUAAGUAAGCAGGAUGAGAUGAAGGACAAGGCUAAAGUGGAGGAGGAGAAGAAGGAUGAGGAGAAGGAGGACCCCAAAGGCAUCCCCGAGUUCUGGUUGACAGUCUUCAAGAACGUGGACCUGCUUAGCGACAUGUUGCAGGUGCGGGAGCAUGACGAGCCCAUUCUUAAGCACUUACAGGACAUUAAAGUGAAAUUUUCAGAUGCUGGCCAGCCAAUGAGCUUCACAUUAGAAUUCUUCUUUGAGCCCAACGACUUCUUCACAAACACAUUGCUGACAAAAACGUACAUAAUGCGCUCUGAACCCGACGAGUCGGACCCCUUCUCCUUCGACGGACCAGAGAUCAUGCGCUGCACAGGGUGUCCGAUUGACUGGACGAAGGGCAAGAAUGUCACGCUGAAGACCAUCAAGAAGAAGCAGAAGCACAAGGGCCGCGGAACUGUCCGGACAGUCACCAAGACAGUUCCCAACGACUCCUUCUUCAACUUCUUCUCUCCCCCAGAAGUCCCAGAAAGUGGUGAAAUGGAUGAGGACUCUGAGGCUGUGCUGGCUGCUGACUUUGAGAUCGGUCACUUCAUCCGCGAGCGUAUUGUUCCCCGGGCAGUACUCUACUUCACAGGAGAGGCCAUCGAAGAUGACGACGAUGAUUAUGAUGAGGAAGGGGAAGAAGCUGAUGAUGAGGAGGGAGAGGAAGAGGCAGAUGAGGAGAACGAUCCAGAAUACGAUCCCAAGGUGUAAAUGAUGUCUAUAGAAAUAACCCUAUCUAUCCUGAAGGACGCCAACCCCCCAGCGGAGUGCAAGCAACAGUGAUGCCUGUGCCCCUUCCCCAUCCGACGGCCUUGAGGAUCAACUGCACUGUAACAGCUUCUGAAACAAAACAUAGUUACUUAACGCCUUAUAAUGUUUUGUAUUUUUCUUGGUAGAAAUGAUUUCACUAAACCAACAACAAAAAAAAGAUUCAGAAUUUUUGUUACAACGAAGAAGAAAAAAAAAAAUGAAACUCGGAUAAUGUGAGCCGUGGCUCUACAUGCAUAGUAUUUUAUUAGCUUUUUUUUGUUCUCUUAAUUUUUUUCCUCUGUACAAAUAGUUAGGAUGCAGAAAAUCCCUCGGAGGAAAAAAAAAGCAUGAACUUCACUGCUUAAAACAAAAUGGAAAAAAAAUAGUUUGGGUUUUUGUGAAGUCUUUUGUCGUAUCGCUCUUGGACAACAGCUGUGGAACAAAUGUCUGCGUUGGGCAAUGAGGGGGAGGGUGGGGUGAAAAAAAAAAAAGUGCACAAAAACCCUUGUUUAUACGUUCCAACUCUGUAACCAAUUCCGUGCCCCACUGAAAAGUAACCAAAGCUGUGGAUGCCCUGGCUGCAUGAAGUGAACAGUGUGCAUGUGUGUGUAUGUCUGUGUUUGAAGUUUUUACACACCCAAUGAAAAUAAGACGUUAAAUGUAUCCUACAUUCUAGAACAAGGCCUCUGGCGCUCUGCGAACCUAGGGGAAAAGAGGCAGCCCAAGUAACUUGCAGCCAGUUACUGCAAGCCAAGUAAUUUCCAACAUUCUGAUUAUACAGCCGCCAUUCAGAACAUUCGGAUAUGCAUAUUGAUCUGAGCUAAUAGUUUUAAGGACCGCCUGAGCAUUUUUACAGUAUUUGGAUGACCAAUUAUUAAUCUUUCUCUACCUGAUUUCUGGGGUUAUGCUGAAAUUUUAACGCCGUCAAGGGUAGGGUAUCAAAAACAUGGCUUGUUGUGGCCUUGCAUCACCCUUACAUUCCAGCAGAUUGGGUUCCAUCUGUCUCACGGAAGAAGCAAGGACUGGGUGGAGAACCGUCAGCGAGCCAGUGCCUAAACGGAGUUCCUUGAUUGAGGCUCUUAGACCCACUGUUGCAUGUCUAAUCUUUUUCUAUAGCAGUUUGUACUAUUUUAGAACAUGUAGGCAGUGGUGUCCUUCCCCUAGAAAGCACUUUUGCCCCCGGUUAAAGUAUUCCUACUCCCCCAACACCCCUUAUUAUUUUUCAAAAAUCUGAGAAUUGUGUGCUUAGAGUAGCCUUACCAACGAAGCACUAGUGGCAGGCCAGGUUCCUAUUCUGGAAUUGUUUGAGUCGGUGGAUUCUGUUUGGGUUCUCAUUUGUCGCACAUGGAAGCUUCUCCACUUCUAUUUGAUCUUCCUUGCCCUGUUUGUUUUGGGAGGAAUCGGUUUCAAUCUAGUUGCUGACGUUAACAGCCCAGGGGUGUAUGAGCGUGCUUGGGUGCGUGUGUGCAUGCCGUGUGGACAUGGCCCUGAGUGAGACCCAGUCAGUAUCUUGGGGGUUCGGACUCUGGUCUGUCCCGUCCCUUGCUGCUGAGAUUAAGGCCCAUCACUGUGAAGGGGAAGUGUGUGUGUGCGCGUGUUGUACAGAGGAUGGUCUCCACAUCAUUGGUGACUGCUUGGGGAUUGGCGUUUUCUUGUAGCUCAACCCAGCAGGACUCUCCUCAACCAGACGAGCAAUACUGUUUAAGGGGAACAAAGUGUAAAAUAACACCGGUUCCGUUGGUCCUGUCAGUUAAACAUUUUAUGUGUGAACAGGGUGUGUGUGCGCGCCUGCGUUUGUUUGAGAGGCACAGGUGUCUAGCCUCUGCAGUGCUCCCUGGUAUAGUACAGAUAAGCCGUAAGAUGAAUAAUGUUGAAGAAUGAGUACCUGUUGGGGGUCUAAAUGGGAUUGUGUUUGGAUCCUCUAAAGCAGCUGUUGUCAAAGCAAAAUGCCAUGCUACAAAAUACUAAUGUACUCAAUAAAUCUGUACGUGUAUGUAUAUUCAUGAAUAAAUUGGUUAAACGUGA